AUGGCUCCAGGUUCAGCCACCCUCGUUCUCAAAGCGGCCGCUGUCGCUUCCAUCCUCGCCAUGAUGGUCCUGCCCUCCCUGGGACGCUGUCCGUCGCUCGGCCCAGAACCGCCGGUGGCGGCUCCGGCACCGGGGCCGGGGCCGGCGAUGCGGUGUGACGACUGUGGCCCGCACUGCAUCUCGACGUGCAGAGUCUCCGUCCCUCCGAAAUGCAGCAAGCCCUGCGGCGCUCCGAGCUGCGACGAGUGCAGGUCCGCCGCGUUCGAGAAGUGCAGCAGGGCCGACUGCGCCGGCGCCAGCUGCGACGACUGCGACGGCGAGGCGACCCGGUCGUGCUACGACUCUUGCUCCAACAGCUCUGCGUGCGCGGACUGCACCAGGGCUGCCAGCAAGCAGUGCUCGGCGGACUGCAACAGCCACUGCGCCGCCACCUGCUUCUGA